AUGUUGUUUGAGAAACUCAAGAUCUACAACACUCCAGCCAAACUGUUGGAGAAGUUACGUGAAGUUCGCAAGUAAUAAGAACAGGAAGAACAAUAAGGAUCCUAAAAUAAGGAGCCAGAAACAUAGAAGAUCGGUACUACGACAUAGCCCUUAUCUAGUGCGGCAAUCAAGUUUACGGAGUACAUGGACAAGCCUAAAUCAAAAGUCUCCCAUUGUUAAAUCACAACUUGAUAUUGUGAAAAUGCGAAUGCCAUCUACCAAAAUGAAUUCAUGUACUCGUAUUACAGAGAUACCUAUACGAUAGAGGAUGUAGAUGCAUACUGCUCGCAUCAAUGACAACGAAGAACUAAAGGAAAUGCAAUAGAACCUAAGAAUGGAAACUAUGUAUGAUCUUUAUCAAGGAGAUCAGAAACUUAUUGAUCAACUAAACGAAGAAGCUUAAGUUUUAUCAUAAAGGCUUACAAUUAAGGAAGAAGCUAGUCCAGUUCGACCAUUUAAUCGUAAACAUCAUUAACCAAACCAAACUUAAAGGCCAUAAAGAAGAGGUGCUACACUGAUAGCCCCUACUAAAUUAGAAGAUCUCAAGAAAUAAUAGCCUUAUCUCUAUGAGGAUCGUCAAGAUCAACCUUAUGAUGAUUUAUCAGAUCGAGGAAAGUUUCUAAAAAAUUAUAGAUUAGGAAAGUAAGUUACUUUUAUCCUACAUGAAUAGUAAAAACCUACAGAAGAUUAAUCAAAAGGACUUUAGGAGCACUACCAAAAAUUUUAAGAGACUUGAAGAAUAUGCUUAAUUCUAUAAACAACAACCCAACAUCUAUUUAUAAUUAAAUAAGAGCUCCCAAGGUAUUAAUUUUAUAUUGAGUCUCAGUCUACAAUAUCUUUCAAGCUGGCCUUGGUUUAAUUAAUUCCAAUUAUACUAUAUAAACUGCUGAAUCUCAAGGGAUGCUGAGGAAUGAAUCUAAAAUUAGAGUAUUCACAGAAGCUCUCUAAUCUCCUCAAUGUAAAUCAAUUACUCAAUUGAAACUCAGUCAUAAUCAAUUAACAUCACCAAAAAUAAAGAGUUUGGUUGACAAUUUUCCUUAACAAAUUCAGGAUCUAGAUCUCAAUAAUAAUGGAUUAGAUUCCAAAGCUUGUGAAACCUUGGCUAAGUACAUGCAGAAAUCAAGAGUAAAGAAACUCUCUUUAGAAAACAAUAAAAUUGGAGAUUUAGGUGCAAAUUAUCUUUUUGUGGCUUUGUAAGAUAAUGAUUACUUGACUUUGUUAAAUCUAAGUCGUAACAAUCUAACAGGUAAUUCAAUUAUUAUUCUAAUUUUUAGAUAAUUGUACUAAUGAUUUAUCAAAUUAUUUGAAAAAGUCAAAUGUAUUAUUUGAAUUGUAUUUACACUUUAAUUCCAUUAAUAGUAAGGGGGGUAUUAAUAUAUGGAAAGCCCUUUAUAAGAAUUCAAGUGUAAAGGUUUUUGAUAUAUCUUAUAAUCGAACUGCUUCCUUUGAAUGUGCUCAAUAGAUGGCCAGAGUGAUUGCAAAACCAUAUCCUGAGUUAAUGCACAUAGAUGUAUCUCAUAAUGGUUUUGAUGAACCAUCCUCUAUUGAAAUUAUGAAGGCAUUGAAUGUUAAUCAAAAUAUUUAUGGAUUUCAUUUUGAAGGAAAUUGCCCAAAAUUUGCUGUUGAUGCUACUGGCCAUCUUAGAGAUAGGGAAGCAGAAGAAUAAACAAGAUAAAAGAAAAUUGAAGAAUGCAGAAAAAACCCAUAGACUUCACUUAGAUUAUUGGAUGAUGAUGCACCAGUUUAACCAAAAAAAACUAUAAACAAGAAAGAAGAAAUUCAAUAGGUUCAUAGAUUUAGAAGAAUAUGGGGUAUGAAACCGGUUAAAUAGAAUUAAUAAUUUGAUAAAUAAAGAGAUUCUUGUUGGAUAUGUGAAGGAUGGGAAGAAGUCAAAUUUACAUGGAGUCCAGGUAAAUCUGGAGGUAUGAAUAAUGAUCCCAUCUUUUUACAUGUUAAUUUUGAUGGUUAUCGUCCUGUUUUAAUGAAUCCUCAUUAAGGAGAAUAUCAUUUAUAUAGGAUGUGUCCACCAAAUCAAAGGAUUCUGUAUUUCUUCAGUAAUCCAAUUCUUGGAAUCUAAACAACUGCAAAAAAUUAAAUGAUAAUGCAAACACCUUAAAAUGAUCCAAUUGCUUAAGGAUUAUAGGAAUUCCUUUAUAAUGGAGACAUAUUAAUAGAAGGUAAUAAAAUGACUUUUGUGAAUGAAGUAUUCACUGAAGGUAAACAUACUGUGGUUGAUAAAUAUGUUCCUAAGAUAUUUAGUAAACCUAGAGAGGAGGAAAGAACUUAUGAUUUAACUUAAUACAUGAAUAAAAAAUAAGCAUUUUGGAGUUACGAAAUUUCUAUAUUUAAAAAUUAUUAACCAGAUAAUGAUGAAUUAAUUGAUGAAUGUUUUGAAUAUGAUUUUCAAACUUCAAAAAUAAACAGGAUAGUACGUGAUCCUUAAGAAUUAAUGGAAGUAAAGGAAAUCUUAAGAGAAUAUUAUCCAUAUAUUUUUGCUAGUUAUAAAUUCUAUGCUUCUACUUUAAUUGGAGCAAGUGUAAAAUAGUUGAUUUAUAUGAAUAGAUUCCUUGUAUAUCAUCAAAUGCCUUUUUUGAUUUUAUUGGUUAAACUGCAGUGUUGACUGAUAAAUUCAGACCUGGAGAUAUUGAUUUGAAUUUCAUAGCGACAUCAAAUGUUAAGGAUAUAUAAUAUCCAAAUGUUUAUGAAAAGGCAUUAGUAAGAUACCAAUUUAUGGAAGUACUCGUAAGAAUUGCAUUGGAUAAAUAUACUCGAACAGGAAUAUGUAAAUCAAUGAAAUUAAGUGUUUUGAAAUUAUUUGAAGAUGAUUUGGUUAAAGCUAGAUUAUAGGAAAUUGAUAGAGCUUAAGAUUGGAGAGAUAUGAGAUUAUGGAAUGAGUAAAGUGAUAUGUUAAUAAGUAAAAAAAUAUAAUAAUAUAAAUUUAGAGGAUCGAUUACCUAUGCUUAAAUUAUUAUUUAAAUUUACAUCCAAAUUGAAUCCUAAGUAGAAAUUUUAUAAACACACUUGGAUUCAAUUUAAGGAUUUUAGAGAUUUAAUGCUUAGAUGUGAUUUGUAUUGUGAUAUCUUUGUAGAAAGAGAUGCUUAUUUGGCUUUUUUGUUAUCAAUGCAAACAUAAGUAGAUGAAUUAUUUAGUUUGAGACAUUUUUAAAUGGAAUUCUAUGAAUUUAUUGAAGCUUUAUGUAGAUGUGCUGAGAAAUUAUCAUUAAUUAGAACUAAAGAUAUUUUAAGUAUUGAUGAUAGGAGAUAAGAACCACUUCAUAAGAAAAUUGAUGCCUUUUUACUUCUCAUUUAUUUAAGGGCUGGAGAUGCUAUCAAAUAGUAAUUGAAAGAAUCUGAAGAUUUUACUGAUUUUGAUAAGUGUAUGACUAGAAAAUAAAAGACUUUAUAAUAAUAAAUAGAAGAAAUGGGAAGUGAAGAAGAAGAUAAGCCAUAUAAUCCAGCUAUAGAGGCUGUAUCACUUGAAGAAUAAUUAAAAUAAGUUCCUGUUUAAACAAUACAAACAGGAACUAAAUUAAAGAAAGCUUUGUCAUUCUUCUCAGUUAUAAAGUAAAUGCAAUAAUAAAAGCAACUGAAAUCAAAUUUCUUAUUGACAAAUGUGGUUUAAUAUUUCAAGUAAAGAGAGGAGGAAAUGUUACAAAAUGAGAUGGAAUAAGGGUGA